AUGUCGGAGGAGAGCAUCAACAGCACAGACGGCCCCACGCUGCCGCCGAAAGCGUCCCACCAGCACAACCGACAACAGCAACAACAGCAGCAGGCAGCUACCACAGCAACAGCUACAGCAGCAACACGACAGAAGCAGAGCGACCGCUUUGUGGAGGUCACGCUGGAGCGUGAUCCCAAAGUUGGCUUUGGCUUCUCCAUCUACGGCGGGCAAGUCAUGCCGGGCGCCCUCAUCAUGCUCCCCGUGCGCAUCUGCAAAAUGAAGCCCAACACUCCGGCCAGCCUGAGCGGCAAAAUCAAGAUCGACCACCGCAUUGUCGCCAUCAACGGGACGGACGUGUCCAGCUCCAGCCACGGCGACGUGGUGCGCUUGCUCAAGGCGUCUCCAGAGACACUCGUGCUUCGCCUGCAGGACGACAUUGAGGAGGCGCAGUCCAUCCUCAAGCACCAGCUCAAGGCCACGGGCCUCAGAAACGCAGACCAGGACAAGCGACGGCAGCAGCAGCAACAACAACAACAGCAGCAGCAGCAGCAAAACACCAAGGAGAGCGCUGGCCAAGAAGCGCAGGGCAGCAAGAGUGAAAGCGGUGGGAAGGCAAACAACGAGGCUGCACAACAGCAGGCGUCUGUGCUCAAACCCGGCGCACAGGCGUAUCUGCCGGGCAAGACACAGGAUGCCACGGACGCAUCGUCGUCGGCAGCGCAGGCGGUGAACGAAACCGUCCGCAUCAUGUACAACUUCAACGGGUCAGACCCCUCUGAGCUGACGUUGCAGCGCGCAGACCUCGUGCACGUGAGCAUCCGGCGCAGUGACGGGUGGUGUCUUGGCCGCUGCUUCCGGACAGGGCAGCAGGGGCUGUUCCCAGGUAACUUUGCAUCGAAGGUGCGCCUGAAGCCCAUGCAGCAGCAGGCGGAGAGCAUAUACGCGGAGAUCCAGCACGUGGCGGGCGACUCUGCAGAGAACAUCUACGAGGAGCUUGGCCAGGAGCGCGCCGGCAGCAACAAGGACAGCAGACCGCGCACACCAACAUACCAGCACCUGCCACCCCAGCAGCAGCAGCAACAGCAGCAGCAGCAGCAGUCAUCUGGGAAGCAGGAGGAGGACCCAUACGGGCAACCAUACCCGACAGCACAACAGCAGCAGCAGCAGCAGGGGCAACAAGAGGAGAUCUACCAGCCCAUGCGUGAGCAGGUGGUGCGUCGCACGCAGGACGCCAUUGAGCUUGCAAACGGCGACAUUUACGCGGUAGUGGCAAAACCGCCUGUCCGGCGGCCAUACGAGGAGGAGGCGGUGUACUCCACGGCCGGCCACGUGGACGAAGCGGGGCCGCAGUAUGUGUAUGACGAUGAUGACGACAGCAUGCUGUAUGCCAAGCUGGAUGACGUGGACGGCGAUGGCGCCCCGCCCCCAGUCCCAUCUCGAAAGUACGACGCCACGCUGCUGCCGGCACUACAGCAGACGCGAGCGGACAGCAUCUACGAGUCUCUGUAUGACAGCGUCGACGACAGGAGUGUCGCUUACGUCUCAACAUCAGACAUGGGCACUGUGGACGACACGUACGCCAGCCUGCCCUCGUCCCUGCUCUACGCUGCGCUGCCCAUGGUCCCACCGGCGGUUGAGGAGGAUGUGAGCGAGCGCAACCCGGACCAGAACAUGGCGCCCGCCGUUGAUCUUGCAUCCCAUCCGUCGCAGCAGCACCAACACAGCAGCCAGCAGCAGCAGGGGCAGCAGGAAGGCGCAAACGGAAGGGAAGGCGCAGGCAGCGACAGCCACAAUGGUACUGGUGAUGGUGGUGCUGUGAAUGGAACAUCACCUGCCUCGGCACCAUCAUCGUCGUCGUCACUGCCAUCACCAUCAUCGCCGCUGGAGGGAGGGACGGAUGGUGGCGUUGUGCGCAAACUCACGCGCAAGGAGAAGAGGGAGCAGAAGAAGAAGGAGAAGGAGCAGAAGAAGAAGGAGGCGGAGGAGAGGAAAGAGAAGAAGAGGAGGGACAAGGAGCAGAAGAAGAGGGAGAAGAAGCAGAAGAAGGAAGCAGAGGAGAAGAGGAAGAAGGACGACAAGGAACAGAAGAAGCUUGAGAAGCAGCGCAGCAAGCAGGAGGUGCGGCCGCGAUCGGGCUCGCGUCGGUUCACAUUCCGCCGCUCAAAGGGAACGCAGCAGCAGGAGACGGAGAAGGAGUUGAAGGAGAAGGAUGAGGUGGAGGGGAAGGGGAAGGGGGUGGACAGAGGAAAGGAAGACGUUGGUGAUGGUGGUUUGAAGGGUGCUGAUGAGGGAACACCGGCUGUGGAGGUUGGCGGCGUUGAACAGCAAGACACCACAGCAACAGAAACAGCAGCGGCAGCAGCAGGAGCCAGCGAGUAG